AUGACUCGGAUAUUCUCGAAGGAAUCCAUGGAGAGUCAUCUGAACACCGAGCAACGAGCCGCCUCUCGGGCCUUCGAAUCACUAGCAGAAGAAUCGCUGUUUCUGACCGUGGAAUACAUACGAUGCCUAGAAACAGUGGAUGGCUUAGCUACAUAUAUUCCGGAAGAUGCAUUCGGGAUUUGGACGCCAUUCUGGAAAAUGCUCAUGAAACGAACUAUUCCAAAAGGGAUCGCUGAACUAAUAAAGACCAAAAUUGGCAAGCACAGUCGUGACGAGAUCGUAAAUAUCGGUAAUGACGACUUGCGCGCAAUAUCACUUUAUUUGGGCAGCAAGCACUAUUUCACGGGUUUCAAACCCACACGAGUAAGACUCUGUUUCAGUUACCCCUGCCCCCCCCCCCUCCACCAAAAAAUAAAUCAUUCACGUAAAGGAUCUGUUUUUAAAAUCGAAUAUUUUCGGAUACAAAAAGAUAAUCGGCCAAACUUGAUUCCUAUAAGAAGUAAAAAUUAA